AUGCCGCUGCUUACCCUGGAACAGGUGCUGGCACGCUCUAUGCGACUGCCACGCAAGCACAUGAAGCCGACUGCUGUCCCUAUUGCGAACACCCAGGCACUGGGUACAUCUAUUUCGUCUGAAACGUCAUUGGGGCGUAAUGAUAAAAGUGUCGCUAAGUUAUUUAGUCUUAUUGAGAAGGAUGAAGAGACUAUGACAGCUGGACGACCUUCGAUUCAUCAGUCGCAUAACCUCAUUCGAAAUAGUCAGGACUUACUUACGUACCUGAACACUGCAAAGCGUAUGCGCGCAUGGGAAGACGCCCUGCUUGCCUUUGCGGAGGCCACUAAAAUGCUACUGAUCAAGCAAACGGAGGGCCGCAAUGGGGUUUCACUUAUUCUACGAGAGGGAGCUGACAGAGGCGUAGAGGGUGGUGAGGGUGUCACGGCCAACGUCGCGCAUUUAGCUGUGCUCCUUCACACCUGUGCAGAAGCAAAACAAUGGGAUUUGGUUCAACAAAUCGGGGAGAUAUUUAGGAAACAAUCACCCCAAACAUUGAUAGAUGCGGUUUCGCUCUUGGCGAAUACGAAAAAGGAGGAUGUAAGCGAAGGGUUCCACGGCCGGGAGCUCGCACUUCAUUUUCUGCAGACACGGAUACCACCGGGGGAACAGCCUGUUGAAGCAUAUAAUGUGUGCGUGGCGGCCUGUGAGGCGACACUGGAUUGGGAGGGGGCAUUGACUAUUGUGCGUUUUAUGGGGCCGAACGUUUUUCAAAAUAUUGGUUCUACUGUUGUAUCAAGUGAGAAAGCAGUUGACGUGACAUCUGUAGGCUCGACGCCGGAGGAGGUUCCCUCUUCUGUACAUGCUGAGUUGAAGGAGGAGAGUGCCCUUUCAACUUUUCACCCACCAACACCAGACGUGGUCACGUAUGCAACGUUGAUAUCUGUCUUGGAGCAGAGUGGCAAAGAUGCGUUGGCAAGCGAAAUACUUCAGCGGCUGCCUCCAUUAGAGAAGGAAGAAAUCACUGCGACAUAUGCUGCCUUGAUACAUGUGUGGGCUGAGCAAAAAUAUCGCCAUCAUCGCCGUCGGUUUUAA